GAAAUUGAAACAAUGUUAACGGAAGUUUAAAGUUGAUUUUAUUUAAGAGAUGCUUUUAAUGCUGAAGGUAUAUACUUUCACUAUUAUUUGUGCGGUGAAUUGAUGUACAGUUAUUUGUUAACGGUAUACUGCAGCUUUUAAACUUUUAACGUGACAGAACUUUCGUCAAUGCAAUAUGGAGGUAUCGGGAAAGAAACUUCGUAAUUAUUGUAAACCUUGUGAGAAACGUAAGGCGACAACAUACUCAGAUGGCUCAUGUUUGCAAUGUGAAGAAUAUAUGUGUCAAAUAUGUUUUGAUACACAUAAGCAGUGGAAACUAAAUCAGGAACAUAAAUUGGUUGCAUCAGUCGUGGCAACAUCUAAUAGAAAAACACCCGAAUUCGAUAAAUGUACUACGCAUCUCAACGAAGAUAUUAAAUUUGUCUGUCCCGAACAUGGCCAAGUUGGUUGCGGCGAUUGUAUGAUAUUCUCCCACAAACCAUGUAAAGUAGAGUACAUUCUUGAACAUAUCGAUGAAUACAAAGACAGUAAAGAGUUCAAAAUGUUGCAGAAGGAAAUAGAGACAUAUGACAGUGACGCUAAAACUAUUUCAGGAAGCAUCAAGCGAAACAAGGACUAUAUUAAAGAUGUCAACAAAAAAUUUGCUCUUGAUGUCAACAUAUUCAGGGAUGAAAUGAUUGCACAUAUCAUGAAACUUUCUGAUGCAAUGCUAAAAUAUGGAGAUGAUAUUAUGGCAGCAGACAUGAAAAAAAUUGAAAACCUGGAAGAAGAAAACAAACGCCUUGUUGAUGAAACAAAUGGUAUGAGAGACACAUUACAAACAGAAGUUGAUCAGCCUUACAAAUUGUUCAUCAGUUCCUUGUCAUACAGACAAAAUGUCCAUCUCGUCCGAGACCAGCUUGAAAGCAUCAAAGCGAACAAUACAAUCGAAACGUACGACUUCAUGCCUGACUGUAAUCUCGAACAGUUGUUGGAAACUUGUAAACAACUAGGAGAGUUGCUUAAGCCAAACGAAUCUGGUGCAGCACUUAGAGAAAAAACAGUAAAAGCAAACACAGCAACACCGAUGACAAAGGAUCAAUGUUCACAAACAAAUCAAUCAUUGCUGGACAGACAACUUGUUUGCAAAAACCUCAUCAUUGACGGAGACUUAAUCAGUUGUGCUGUAAAAGCAAAAGACGACUGUGGUUUAUUUAUUGACAAACACACAAUUUCUUAUGGUGACAGUUUUGAAAUCGAGAUUGUGAGCAUUGAUAGAGGCGGAGGUAUAGCUAUCGGUGUGGUACCGGAUAACUAUCCAAAUAAUCUUCUACCUGGAUUAGGAAUUGAUUCAUGUGGAUACCAUUCAAACGGCAA